AUGCCCAGCAUGUGGCUCACAGAUAUGCAGAAGAUUGGCGUUGCUUUCUGCUCCGGCGGGGGCUUGUUCCUUUUUGGCGGCGUACUCAUGUUCUUUGAUCGUUCUAUGCUUGCGAUGGGAAACAUCCUCUUCCUCAUCGGCCUCACCCUGAUCAUCGGCGUGCAAAAGACCUUUGUCUUCUUCGCACGAAAACAGAAGUUGAAGGGCACGGCUGCCUUCAUGGCCGGAAUACUGUUGAUCCUCAUGCGAUGGCCGCUGAUCGGCUUCUGUGUUGAAACAUACGGCAUCUUUGUGCUCUUUGGCGACUUCUUUGCGACGAUCGCAUCAUUCGCGGGCAAUAUUCCCAUUGUGGGACCGUAUAUUCAGAUGGCAUUGCGCAGAAUAUCUUAUCAGACUAGGAAUGCUGAAUUGCCUGUCUGA